AUGACGGAGGCGUCACAGGAAUCGACUUCGAGGGUUUUCCUCCUGCAAAAGAGGAAGUCGUUUCGGCAGAGAUUGACCACUGUACUGAAUGAAGCCGAGCAAGCUAUGCAGGUCGUUGGAAGCUCUCAGGAUCACACCACUCGUUGUGAGGUACUGCUUGAGCGCAUCGUCAAAUUCUCAGCCAGCCUGGAUGACGUGGACAGAAAGUUGGAGUCUAUGUUUACGGUCGAGGAGGUUGAAGCGGAACUUGAGAGAAUGAUCGACUAUCAAGACCGGGUAACCACCAUCACCUGCUUACUGAAGAAACAUAUCGUCGCGCAGUCUUUGAGAGCUGGUUCCAUACUGGAGUCCAGAAAUCCUGGUGAGCUGGCGCUUCCCAUUGGAGAACGUAGUCGAACUGUAGGAGAUAGCCGUCACAGACCGCAGUUACCGAAGUUGGAACUCCUCAAAUAUAAUGGCAGUCAAGAGCACUGGCAGGAAUUUUGGAUAAGGUUCGAAUCCCUGGUAGACAGCAAUGCUUCCUUGUCGAACAACGAGAAGAUGUCCUACCUGACAGCGGUUCUUACUGGCGAGGCUGCAGCUUCAAUAAAGGGCGUCCAGCUGACGGGAGAUAUGUACGACACUGCGGUCAAGAUGAUUAAGGAAAGAUUUGGAAAUCCAAACAUGCUGGUACAGUUUCAUCUGAAGCGGUUGCUAGGUCUUCAGCUAGUACGCUUCUCCCGCAAUGUUCUCGAACUGAGACGUCUUCACGACACAGUGAAGGCUCAUAUGAGGAGUUUAGAAGCGCUGGGUACUACCUCAAAGUCGUUUUGCUCUCUACUGUUUCCUGUUCUACAACAAGCGGUUCCGCAAGAUAUGAUUCUCAGCUUCCAGAGGAAAGUUCACGGCGACGAACAAUCGCUUGGAACUACAUCGGCAGAAGAUCGGUAUGAGAUACUUCUCACGAAGUUGCUAGACUUUAUCAAGAUGGAAGCUGAGUGCAGGGAGCAACUGCCACUGGCUACAGGAGAUAGUGUCUACGACACGAGGAGGCCUAUUCAGACGACCCAGAGGAAGUUACGGCAAACUUCUUCUGAAAGACUAUCGUCCGCCUCCGCUCUUGGCGUCGAAGCCAGGAAACCGACUACCACUCGUGACAAGACGGAGCCCUGCUUCUUUUGCGGGAAUGAUCACGAGAUGCUGAAUUGCAACUUACAAGCAAAUGUGGCAGAGUUGGAAGAAAGGCUUUGUAGCAGCCACAGAUGCUUCCGAUGCGGCAAACAGUAUCAUACAGCAAAGGUCUGCCGAUCAUUUCGUAGCCUCAAAUGCAGAAAAUGUAAUGGACGACACUUAACUGUGCUGUGCAAGCAGAAGAGUACAGUACCAAGGUAUGGAGGGACGGUACUCGCAAGUGGCACGUGGCAACGUACAGGUUUGCGACAGGACAUAGUCCUGCUGCAGACUGCGCAAGUAGUCGUUUGCGCGGCCGGAGGAAAGGAGAAGUGCGUCCGUAUCCUCAUAGAUGGGGGAAGUCAAAGAAGUUUCGUUAAGCGAGCACUGUCCAAGAAGUUGCAAUUACCGACUGUUGGGAAAGAGCAUUUGGUCAUCAAUACGGUAGGCAAGGCCGGAACCGAAUCGUUGCAUCGUAGAGUGAAAGUCAGGCUUCGGUCGCAGUAUACUUCCGAGGAAGUUUGCAUUGAAGCUCUUGAGAUACCAGAAAUCUGCAUCGGCAAUCUUCCUAAUAUUGACCGGAAAUCUCUUGCUCAGCUGAAGUCCGAGGGAAUGUCUUUAGCAGAUGAAGCUACGUUCGCUGACGCGUCACCUGAAAUACUGAUACUUGUAGGAGCAGAUUUCUAUGGGUCCGUUGUAGCAGGGAGACAAGUACGAGUUCGUGACAAUCUCAUCGGUAUGGAAACCAUUUUCGGAUGGACUCUACAAGGCCCUACGGGAAAGCAAUCAGGUUACGAGUCUAACGUCCUACAUGUGCAAGUGUCCAGCGUUAACCACGACGAGGUCUCCAAUGCGCUGCAGUCUUUCUGGGAGUUAGAGCACCUUGGUAUUGUUGACAGUGAAGAGUCGGAGGGCAAGAAGCAUGAAGUUUUCCAGAGGUUUCAGGACACAACCAGAUUUGAAGAUGGUCGUUAUACAGUGCGCCUGCCGUGGAAUGAAGACCUCGUCUCACGACUGGGAAACAACAAGGCUGUAGCGGAGCAGCGUUUACGCAGCGCCACCCGUACUCUUUUGAGAGAUCAAGAGGUCAUGAACGAAUACGAUCAGGUGAUACGACAGUAUCUCAUUAACGGUCAUGCCGAGCGUAUUGAUGCAGCAUCACCAACACCUGUUGCUGCCCCGGAAUAUUACAUGCCACAUCAUGCAGUUAUCAGACGCGAGAGGGAGACUACGAAGGUUAGAAUUGUAUUCGACGCCUCAUCGAGUGCUCCGGGUUUUCUAUCCCUGAACCAAGUUCUGCACGCCGGUCCAAAAUUGAACUCUGACAUCCUUUCUCUGCUCUUAAGGUUUCGAAUGCAUCGCAUAGGCAUGGUGGCAGACAUCGAGAAAGCUUUCUUGCAGAUUGCACUUCACAAACAGGAUACAGACGCUCUGCGCUUCUUAUGGUACACUUCGACGCCGAUCGCAGGACAGCCUCUACCGUCUAUUGAGACAUGGCGCAUGACACGAGUGCCAUUCGGAGCACGAUCUAGUCCGUUCCUGCUGUCCGCGACCAUUCAGCAUCAUUUACAGCAAGUAGAGAAGGAUUACUUGCAGACUGCUACGCUCUUGGAGCAAUCCUUUUACGUGGACGAUUUAGUGGUCAGUGUCAGCACCUCAGGAAAUGCCAGGACACUUCAUGAGGAAACUCUGAGCAUAUUCGAAGCGGCCGGCAUGAAGAUAAAGAAGUGGGUCACUAACGACGAGGCACUUCUACGAGAGAUGUUUAAAAAGGGGAACUCUACAACGGAGACUACACAGAAUCAGACUAAGAAGGUUUUGGGGGUCAUGUGGGAUCUUCAACAUGAUCAGUUACGAUGUUCAGUUGCGUCUGUCCUGGACUCCAUGACGGAAAAGGAGAGUGUCAAGAGACAUGUACUGCAGACCAUUUCCAGGAUUUACGACCCAUUUGGCCUGUUAGGACCCUUCACUAUUUCGGGCAAGAUCAUGCUCCAGAAGAUUUGGGAGGCAGGAUUGCAAUGGAAUGAUCAGUUACCUUCAGACAUCGAUGCAGAGUGGAGAGAGUGGUGCAAAGGAGUCGCGGAACUGCAGCACAUAUCUGUUCCUAGGGAGAUAGCGAGCAACUCAUUCGUCGACAGGCUGCGCAAGUUGCAUAUUUUCGCAGACGCCAGCCCAAGGGCAUAUGGUGCGGUAGUCUACCUCGAGCAUUUGUCCGACGACGGUUCUCGCGGCAUGGCAUUUCUACUUAGCAAAAGCAGAGUCUCACCUCUCAAGCGCCAGACACUUCCGAGGCUUGAACUCACAGCAGCUCUUCUUGCUGCCAGAUUAUAUCGCUUUGUAUCCACUGCUUUGCAGACAGAGUUCGAUUAUGUAUGUUGGACAGAUUCCUUAAUCACCUUGCAUUGGAUCAAGGGAUCGGCAUCCAGAUGGAAGACCCACGUGGCAAACCGGGUGCGCCAGAUACAUGAGCUGACUUCUCCUGAAAGAUGGCGUCAUUGUCCUGGUGAAGAGAAUCCGGCAGACUUUCUCACGAGAGGGAUUAAGGGGCAUGAGCUGCGUGACUGUGAAGUUUGGUGGAAAGGCCCACGAUGGCUGAGUCAGCCAGAUUUAUGGCCGCACACAGCAUUUCCAGAUCAUACUGAAGGAGACGAGGAAUGCUUGGACGCUCAGGUGGCAUUGGUCAGCUGCACGACACAUUUACUUUCACCCGAACGUUUCAGUAGUGCCAAUCGACUUCUUAGAGUCACCGCAUGGAUACUGCGCUACGUACACAACUCGAAGCGGUCAAACGUCAAGAAAACAGGUCCUCUCUCUACUGAAGAAAUGGCGUCAUCAGAGCUGUACUGGAUCAAGGCUACUCAGACAAAGCUACCUACAGAAAGGUCCUCUCAUCUAGAGAACUUCCGCCAUUACCAGGAUAACGAUGGACUACUGCGACUAGAGGGUCGUCUGCAGUGCUCUCAGCAGUCACAAGCAGCCAAGCAUCCCAUACUGUUGCCGCCAGCGUCAGAGGCUUGGUUCACGUUGCUUAUCAUACUCAGAGAGCACUUAAGGAUGUCCCACGCCGGUGUACAGGAAACUCUGCACCAGUUAAGAGAAGAAUUCUGGGUAAUCAAAGGUCGUCAGUCAGUGAAGUAUGCUCUUUAUCAAUGUCUUUUUUGUCGACGACUGAAGACACGCCCCUGCACAGAGCAGGAGGCACCCUUACCUGCCGAUAGGGUCACUCAGCAACUUGCGUUUGAAGUCGUUGGCGUAGAUUUUGCGGGGCCACUUUAUUACAGAACGGCCGAAGGGCAACGGAAAGCGUACGUGGCUCUUUUUACUUGCACAGUCACCAGGGCAAUUCAUCUUGAGCUCGUCUCCGACCAAUCCUUCGGGACCUUCCUUAUGGCCGUCAGACGCUUUGUAGCACGCCGAGGUUUGCCAAGGAAGGUCUAUUCAGAUAACUUCUUAACCUUUAAGAAAGCCGCUCGAGAGAUUCCUGCCUUGCUGGCGAAUCAGUUCCAAGCGGUACGUGAGUAUGCCACACAAACACGAAUAACAUGGGAGUUUAUUACCGAACGUGCCGCCUGGUGGGGAGGCUUCUGGGAGCGUAUGGUACGCUCAGUUAAAGAUGCUCUCAGAAGAACACUAGGUCGGAGUCAGCUAGACUUUCAACAGUUGCUGACCGUGUUAACAGAAGUCGAAGCGAUCGUCAACUCACGGCCAUUGACACAAAUGUCAGAAGAUCCUGGCGACACCCAAGCUUUGUCUCCGUCGCAUCUGAUAUUGGGGAAGCGACUCACGGCGUUGCCGCCAAUUAAGAGACGUCAGACAGCGUGCGUAGACGCCGAACCGUUAGAGGUGCUGCAAGUAAAGGAAAGGCUCCUCACUGCAUACUGGAGGCAGUGGAACAAGGACUACUUGCUACAGCUUAGAUCUGCAAACCUGAGUCGACAUGCAACCUCCAACAGCGUUCAACCGCAUCAACUCGUACUACUGGCGGAUCAGCGGCAGCCAAGGAUGUUUUGGAAGCUAGCAAGGGUGCAGGAGCUUCAUACUGGACGUGAUGGACUUGUACGAUCGUGCACGCUCAAGACAGUCACUGGUUCCUUCAUCAGAAGACCAAUUCAGCUACUUCAUCCUCUUGAGGUCUAG